AUGUCUCUCACUGGUUUUCAGAGUGUUGGCCCCGAAGCCAUCACAAAAGUGGAAAUUCCCGCGGCCAAUGAGUGGCGAUUUGAGGUCGACUUAGAAUCAAAACUGCUUGUCCGUCUUAUCCACGGGAAUGCCGAGAUUUUCGGCACAGAGCUGGCCCGCGGUAUGGAGUACGAGUUCACAGGUCAGCAUGCCGCUAUUUAUACGUAUAAAGGAUGCACUAUUGAGUAUGCUGGCAAUGUAAACGAGUAUCUUGCUGAUACUACGCCAAUGACGAUUUUUGCAAACCUGCAUUUUGCUUUAGAGGCUCAGAGAAGCCAAGCGCAGUCGUCUUUGGCGGCAUCAGCAUCAGGCCCGCGAUUGCUAGUUGUUGGGCCGCCCAACAGUGGCAAAUCUAGCUUGUGUAAAAUAUUGGUGUCCUAUGCUGUGAAAAUGGGUAGAUAUCCUAUGCUUGUGAACCUUGAUCCAAAGGAAUCAGUAUACAGCCCCCCUGGCGGUCUGGUCGCUGCUCCUAUUUCUCAUAUUUUGGACAUUGAGACUGGCUGGGGAUCCUCUCCAGCUAGCGGCCCUUCUCCUUUACACCCCAAGCAGCCCUUGGUGUACUAUUAUGGCUUGAAUAAUAUUCACAAGAACCCCAAGCAUUUUCGCGAAAGCACGGAGCUGCUGGCCACAGGUGUUAAGCGCCGAAUAGCCGAGGACAAGCAUGUAAGAAUCUCCGGUAUGAUUGUCGAUGCACCUUCUGCUCUCACAGACGGUUCAGAUUCGUAUGAGUCUUGCGAAAAAGUGGUGAAUGACUUAGGAAUCACCGCCAUCGCGGUUGUUGGCAACGAGCGUUUGUACUCAGAGCUUACUCGGCGGUUUACCGGUCUGACCGUUGUUCGUCUACCCAAAUCUGGUGGUGUUGUCGAUAACGACGAUACCUGGAACAGAAAAAUACAACGAUUGUGCCUGCAGCAGUACUUUUAUGGGGUGCCUCGCCAACCUCUCUCACCGUACACCGUGACCGUACGCUUCAAUAAUUUAACGGUAUGGCGAGUUUUGGAACGUGGUUCAGGUGAGAACUACAACGACUAUCUACCUGGUGGGGGAGAAGACGAUGAAGGCACCCAAACCGAAGAGGAAGUACUCACGAAGAUUGAGCCUUCUGCUAUUCUUCAGAACUGCGUUCUCGCCAUUGUCAACGCGAAUCCCGGCGAUCCAGCUAAUAUAGUUGCGAAAGCUGAAGUUUUGGGCUAUGUACAUAUUUCCGAAGCCGAUGAAACACGUCAUCAAGCCAAGGUUCUGCUACCAGUGCCCGGCGGUCUGCCGUCCAGACCACUCAUUCUUGCCGACUGGCAAUACCAUGAGUAG